AUGCUUCCUACACAGCCCCUGAAUUGUGGCAAACGAUGGUGGGCACCACCAGAUGUCAACUAUAACUUCAACUCUCGCUUUGCAUGGCCAUCUCCUCAUCCUUCUGUAGCUGAGGCAGCCGCCGCUAGUGGCGCUAUGGGAGGAGCAGGAGCAGCUACCGGUGCUGCGGAAGGUGCCGCUGCCAAUUUCGCUUCUCAUGCCGCUGCUGGAGGUGCUGGCGGUAUGCCACCUAGAGGUCCCUGGGGACACCAACCUCAUUACUAUGAUGGAUAUAGCAGAUAUGGUAGAUACGGUAGACGAUGGGGCAGAAGACCUGGCUUUGGACGUUUAACAUGGCUCCUUAUUGGUAUUGGUGGUACUGCGUGGUAUUUCAAGCACAAAGAACAUCGAAAAGAGGAAUUUCAGAAAUACCUUUCUGACCCUUCAUCCGUUUCUCAACCUGACACCCAAAAGAAUUGGGGAAGGCAAAAUCAUUGUCGACAUCGACCGUUAGCUGCUUCCCAACAACUAGCGGAUGUAAAUACUUCCCAUAAUCAUUCAACGAUCCCUACCUCCUUCCCAGAACAGUCAGAUGAGGAUAAGAUGGCAUGGGGCUGGGGUGCUUGGCGUGAGAGAAAAGCAGCAAGAGAAGAAGCUUGGAGACGUUCACGUCAGGAUAAAGAACAGUUUCCCAAGGAGGCUGUACAAACAAAUAUGCCCCAAGAGAAACCUCAAGCUAAAGCUGCAGAGAUGUCAGCCACCACUAUGCCUACUGAAGGAGAAGAGAUGAGCAAGAUUAAGGAAGCCGUUGAGAAACUUUGGGAAGAGAAGAAGCAAGAUACGUUCUCAGCUCAAGCAGCUGCUAACGAAAAGACCAAAGAAUAUGCUAGGCAGAAGCUCGACAAACUGAGCAGCGCUAUCGAAGCUCUCAAAGAGUGGGUGAAAGAGGAGGACGCGGAGAAACUUCAGAAAGCAGAGAAGAAAUGGGUUUAG